AUAUAACUGCACUCUCUUGUUUCUGUUUUUGUCUCUGUGUCUCUCAGCUUCUCCCCCGUCUGAUAGACUCAAUCAGCUCAAUUGAUCUUCAUGGAGCAAGCAUCAGCAAAAGACCUCAGCGAGAUUCUCGUCCGAUUCCUCCUCCGGUUCGAGUACGACGACAACGAGCGCCUCUCCCAGGCCGAGCUUGAAGCCAUCUACAACUUCGUGCUCCCAUACAUCCCGGGAAACAAAAAGAUCGUGCGUGAGAUGGCCGACUACGUAGACUGCGCCUUCUCCUUCCUCCUACUGGAGAUCCGCCAGGCAGUGGCACUGUACGACGCGUUUCAAAUGUCAAUGGACAACAUCCCCGUCGAACAACACGACAGCCUCCAGGGUCUGUGCGCGCAGCUCUCGGCCGGCGACAAAGUGCAGCACCCGGUCUGGGGCGAGUUCUUCAAAGCAAUCCCCCUACUGCUCAAGGACUACGGACCCUACGUGUAGACAACGCUGUUACGCGGCGCGCUGGAGUUCAUCCAGGCGACUUGCCUUGAGUGGACCCUGUUUCGGGGCCACGCCGACUCGUAUCCGAGCUAUAUCCGGCGCGUAGGGACCAGUCCAGACUUCCAUUUGCUUCCCCGAGGCUGAGUUCCCCAGUUCCCCCAGGAGAAGUACCUCUCGCUCAUCGCGUCCCUGGAGGCCGAGUCGGAGGACUUUGUAG